GCGUAAGGAAAUCGAAUUGUUGUUGGUGUUUGAAUUGCAUUACAGUUAAAUAAACCGUUUAUUUAACAAUUACACCAACAAAUAUACAUCCAAAACAUGAGCGACACCGAUCCAGUACGUCUUGUACUGGCUAAUCUAAUUGCCGAGUCAGGCUCGUAUAAGACGCCUGAAUCUAUUUUGCGAGAGUUUCGAGCCACCCGAGGUAGUCGCAAAUCAGACAACGAGCUGGUGUCACUAUUGAGAUCUAUUAGCCGCAAGCGUCCAAACUGCCAGGAGGUGCUGGACGAAAUAAAACAGACCCUCGAGCGCAUGGACCCUAUGUUCGCACUGCUCCUAUUUACCGAACGUCACAGUGACGAGGACUCGGUGUUACGUCAGUAUCCCAGCAGCUCACGAGUAGGGACCCACAGGCAACAUUCCGUGGAUCGCCAUAGCUCGACACGUACGUCCGCAGACAUACCACUACCACAUAGCCGCAGCAACAAUAGUUUGACGAGCCAGCUACAGGAUCGCCCGAUCAUGCUCAGUACAAACAAGUCCCAAGACUUCCCCACCUCUACACCGCUGAGUCAGCGCAAGCCGGAUAAUUACCUAACUAGCCCUACAAUGUCAGCCAUCUCAACUGCCAUCGAUCAGGCGGCUGUGCAAGGGGAAUUGCGUGUGAUUAAGGAGCGCGUGCUCAGUGCCGUGAGCAGCAGCUCGCUGACCAGCCAACGCUCGCUAAGCAAUGCCAAUGUGGAAGCCAGCCCAAAGGAGACAACACUCAAGCCUAUAAUAGUCAUUAAUUCCAAAUCCAUGGGCAGUGUAUUCACUUGUUUUCCUGAUGAAUGCCGAACUCACGGUCUGUGGGACUUCUACAAAGUGGAGGGAGGCAAGCCGGCGCCGGAUCUAAUCGGCAUUCCCAUCGAGACUCAGCAGCGUGAACUUAUUACCGAACUCAUUUACUGCCUGAUGGGCGUGCGCGGAGACUUCAUUGUCCCAUUGGAGUCCGAUCCCAAGGCCGAUGGCAUUGGCAAAUAUGAAACGCAUUUCUCAGUCGAUAAAAAUGUGGACAAAUCGCUGGCUGAGCUGGCGCUGGAAAUUCUGCCACUCGCUUCCCACUACAUUGGCAUACAGAGGAUUGUAAGUGCCACCCAAGAACAUGGUCAAGUAUGUAGUGCAUUGAACUCGGCACUCGAGGAAUUGACGCGCGACUAUUAUGUGCUGCUUGCUCAAAUCGAACAGGAACAUUUGAAGGACCAUCUAACCAUGCAGAAAAUGCUGUACUAUUUGCGCCCUACCAUUUUAGUCAUGGAGGAAAUAUGGGCCAGUCUAACGGAAAUGCAUAUAGAAAACUAUACGGGUGCUGCUGUCCUGACCCAUUUGUGUGCAUGCAUCAAACGGCUAGAGGGCGACAAACCUUCCCAGGAGGCACUCAUCAGUUUGACCAAAAAAGCAUCUGUACCCUACAUGCGUGUGCUUCAGCGUUGGAUACAGAAGGGCAUUAUUGUAGAUCGACAUCAGGAGUUCCUAGUCGAAGACAAUGAGGGCAUUCGAUGCGAUGAGUUGCCCGAGCUGGCGGAUUACUGGGAAAAACGGUACUCUGUGCGACGAGAUCGCAUUCCAUCGUUCUUAGAGAAAUACUCGGAUAAAAUUUUGCGUACCGGCAAAUAUUUGAACGUAAUUCGACAGUGUGGCAAGCGUGUGAUGCCAACACAGGAGAUGAAUUUGCAGUUUGAUCCGACCAACGAACAGCACGUUUUCGUUAUUAAUGACGCCUAUUACUUUGCCGCCCGCAUGUUGCUGGAUGUGCUGCUCACCGAGAACGAUCUGAUGGGACAUCUGCAGUCGGUAAAGCGAUACUUGCUGCUCAAUCAGGGCGAUUUUAUCAUGCAGUUCAUGGAUGCCUGCGAAGAUGAAUUGGCCAAGAAUGUUGAUCUGGUGUUGCCCAUGACUUUGGAAAAUUUGCUAGGACUAACAUUGCGUUUGUCGUCUGCACGCAACGAUCCCUACAAGGAUGAUCUGCACUGCGAGCUCUUGACAUACGAUUUGGUUACACAAAUGUCCAAGAUUAUGAAUAAGAAGGAAGAGUAUUGGCAGGAUAAAGUUCGACUCGACUUGAGUGGCCUGGAGUGCUUUGCUUUCCGCUAUGAUGUCAAAUGGCCCGUUUCGCUUGUCCUCAAUCAUAUCGCCAUAUCCAAAUAUCAGAUGAUCUUCCGCCAGCUUUUCUAUUGCAAGCACGUUGAACGUCAGCUUUGCAAAAUUUGGAAAGAGAAUGCCAUAACCAAGAAGUUCUCGCCACAUGCUGCCGAACUGUAUCGCUCAGCCUUUACACUGCGCCAACGUAUGAUGAACGCCAUUCAGAAUCUCGAGUAUUACAUGAUGAUUGAGAUUAUCGAGCCGAAUUGGCACAUUUUCAUCGAGAAAAUGAAGAAAGUGGAGAAUGUAGACAAUGUGCUGAGCUUGCAUCAGGACUUCCUGGACUUGUGCCUAAAGAACUGCAUGCUAACUGAAUCAUCACAUCUGAAUCGUGCCAUAUUUAAAUUGUGCAAGAUUUGUCUCGGCUUCUGCGAGUUUAUACAGCGCUCGCAACGAUUCUUUCUCGAUGCUGAGCUCAAGUCGAUGGUCUGUGAUAGCAACGACGAGAAUACGGAUAAUUCUGAUUCUGAAGAUUGCUCGAAUCGGCAACAGUGUGAGAGCUCGCUGGACCAAGCCGACACAUUUGGAGAGCGGGUGAAACGAUUUGAUCUGGAGUUUACGGGUCUGCUGAUAUCCUUCCUUAAACAAAUCAAUGAUCUAGCCAAAGAUAAUACAACCGAUCGCUUCUUAAAUCUCGUACAUCGCAUUAAUUUCAACUCAUUUUAUUCGGAUCAGAUCGAAAAACUGUGUGUCAAGAAGGCCAUGGGCUAACCUGAUCACAAAAAACGUGAAUAACAUGAAAAAAAAGACAAAAGGAGUAUUACA